AUGAAUGCGCCAACAGCCAAACGACCUCGUCAUUCGGACGACUACGACGGCGCGCCAUCGCUCACCGCCAACCGCAGCAGCUUUUACGACAAUGUUCCGCGCACAUCCAUGACUCGGAUCCCGUCGGCUCAGCAGACUGCUUCGAGCUCAGCCAUGCCUGCUCCUAACCUUCCCUCUCAUCUCAACGGCGCCAACGGCAGUGGCACUUCCAAGACUUCUCCUCAUCUCUCCGCUCGGCGACUCGCAGGCUACCUCAGCUCGGACAACGAAGAGAUGGCACCGGCGAAAUCGUCCUCCACCACGGGCGUUCGAGGCCGGGGUCGGGGUCGGGGACGAGGACGAGGUGGUGCACGCACGACAACUCGUCGAUCGCGCGAAGACGACGACGCGCCUAAUCCGCUCACCUUUCAAUGUCGCUCGUGCUUUCGACUGCUAGGUGACUCCUUUGCCUUCGUAGCCACCGAUACCGAGCUCGGCUACGUCAUCCUCUCGGACGUCAGCGAGAUCGUUACCCAAGAUACUGUCUACGAAACCAGCACGGAGCCGGGGAAGGACAUCGGAUCGACCUUUGCCCGUCUCCGCUGUGCAGGGUGCAACACGACGAUCGGGAGGAAUUACAGAACGACCCCGAGAGAUCUGGACGACCUCAGGGACUGUUUUUCGCUGGAAGUGGAUGCGGUGUAUACAUAUCAGCUCGGGUCGAACUAUACGCGACAGACCGAGCCGCCCGAAGAAGAGGCGGAGGAAGGAAAAACGCAAAAGGCGUCGAGACAGAUCGUCGAUACCGCUGGUGGAGGGGAGGAUGCACAGGCGCUGAGGGAGAAGAUGGAGAAGACGCGCGCGUUGACGAUCGAGUUGAGCGACCGGUUGAUUCGUGCAGAGGAGGACAUUCGGCGAUACAGCGCCCUGGUUGAUCAGCUGGUCGCGUCCAAGCAGGAGUCGACAGAAGCGCCGGAAGAGAAGGAAGGUGAGGGGGAUGCAGCAGUGGCCACCUCGGAAGCGCCAGGAACCCCACCACUGGACCAAACAGACGUGCCAGAAGCAACAGAGACAAAGGAGCCAGAACCCGAAUCGACAGCAGCGCAAGAGACGGAAGUGGUGGUAGAGCUGGAAGCCCAGCCGUCCCAACCCGCGACGCCAGCGAGGGAGAAGCGCGUCAGCCGAUCGAGCAAAGCUGCCGACUCGGCGGUCACCAGUGGAUCAUCGUUGACGACGACUACGUCGACCAGGAGCAGCAGGAGGAGCGGCUUGAGUCCCGCGAGGUUUCUAUGA